UCCAUGCCCCAUUUUCUCCCUCCCAAGCCCUUCAUCACCAUUAAAGCAGAUAGAGAGAGAAGGAAGAAGAAACCAAGAAGGAAUCGAUUCCCUGUAUCUCACCAUUUUCUUCUCUUCUCCAUCAUCAUCUUCGUCUUCCCGUUUCUCACUGGUCUACCACUCCACCUCGUGUCAAAGUUAACCUCUGCUUUCCUUUUCUUGGGAUGGAGAAAGUCUCAUUCAAUGACCUUUAACUAUCUCCUCCCAAUUUUCCACCUCUGAUCUUUCCUCCCCCACCCCCCCUAUAUAAAUCCCCCCAUUUCCGCCUUCACGAGAACCCAAUUGCACCCACACACACACACACACACACACACACACACACCCGUCUCUGGUGGGUCUCUUCUCGAUUCGCUGCUCUCGUCUCGUCUCGUCUCGCCUCGCCCUUUGCGGGGGUUAGAGCAAGAAGAAGAUGUCCAAGGCGGCUAUCAGCUUAGAAGAGAUCAAGAAUGAGACCGUCGAUCUGGAAAAGAUCCCGAUCGAGGAAGUGUUCCAGCAGCUGAAAUGCACCCGAGAAGGUCUCUCCUCCCAGGAAGGGGAGCAGCGACUUCAGAUCUUCGGACCCAACAAGCUCGAAGAGAAGAAGGAAAGCAAGAUCCUCAAGUUUCUUGGGUUCAUGUGGAACCCACUCUCAUGGGUCAUGGAAGCUGCUGCUCUUAUGGCCAUUGUGCUGGCCAACGGCCAAGGGAAGCCCCCGGAUUGGCAGGACUUUGUUGGUAUCAUGUGUCUGCUGUUGAUAAACUCCACCAUCAGUUUCAUUGAAGAGAACAAUGCCGGUAACGCUGCAGCUGCUCUCAUGGCCGGUCUCGCCCCAAAGACCAAGGUUCUCAGGGAUGGCAAGUGGAGCGAGCAGGAUGCCGCCAUGUUGGUCCCAGGAGACAUCAUCAGCAUCAAGCUUGGAGACAUUAUUCCUGCUGAUGCCCGUCUCCUGGAGGGUGAUCCUCUGAAGGUUGACCAGUCAGCUCUCACCGGAGAGUCUCUCCCGGUUACCAAGAACCCCUCAGAGGAGGUCUUCUCCGGCUCGACCUGCAAGCAGGGAGAAAUUGAAGCAGUUGUAAUUGCCACUGGUGUCCACACCUUCUUUGGGAAGGCAGCCCAUCUUGUUGACAGCACAAACCAAGUGGGUCACUUCCAGAAGGUCCUCACUGCCAUUGGAAACUUCUGUAUCUGCUCCAUCGCUAUCGGCAUGUUGGUAGAGAUCCUUGUGAUGUACCCCAUCCAGCACAGGAAGUACAGGGACGGAAUUAACAACCUCCUUGUCCUCCUGAUCGGAGGUAUUCCGAUUGCCAUGCCGACUGUCCUAUCUGUCACGAUGGCCAUUGGGUCCCACAGGCUCUCCCAGCAGGGUGCCAUCACGAAGAGGAUGACCGCCAUUGAGGAAAUGGCAGGAAUGGACGUACUUUGCAGUGACAAGACUGGGACUCUGACGCUAAACAAGUUGAGUGUCGAUCGUAACCUUAUUGAGGUCUUCGUGAAGGGUAUGGAAAAAGAGCACGUUCUUCUGCUUGCUGCUCGAGCUUCCAGGACCGAAAACCAGGAUGCUAUUGAUGCUGCUAUAGUUGGCACGCUUGCUGAUCCUAAGGAGGCAAGAGCAGGCAUUAGGGAGGUGCAUUUCUUCCCAUUCAACCCUGUGGACAAAAGAACUGCUUUGACUUACAUCGAUUCUGAUGGAAACUGGCACCGAGCAAGCAAAGGAGCACCGGAACAGAUCUUGACUCUCUGCAAUGCAAGGGAGGACUUUAAGAAGAAGGUGCAUGCCAUUAUUGACAAAUUCGCCGAGCGUGGGCUUCGUUCAUUGGCUGUGGCUAGACAGGAAGUUCCUGAGAGAACAAAAGAGAGUCCUGGUGGCCCAUGGCAGUUCGUUGGUCUGUUGUCACUCUUUGAUCCUCCAAGGCAUGACAGUGCUGAAACCAUUCGCAGGGCUCUCAACCUUGGUGUGAAUGUAAAGAUGAUCACUGGUGACCAACUUGCCAUUGCUAAGGAGACAGGAAGAAGGCUUGGUAUGGGAACAAACAUGUACCCUUCUGCUUCCCUCCUCGGUCAAGACAAGGAUGCAAGCAUUGCCGCUCUUCCUGUGGAAGAACUGAUCGAGAAGGCAGACGGGUUUGCUGGAGUGUUUCCAGAGCACAAGUACGAGAUUGUGAAGAAGCUGCAGGAGAGGAAGCACAUUUGUGGUAUGACUGGUGAUGGUGUGAACGAUGCCCCAGCCCUGAAGAAAGCAGACAUUGGAAUUGCAGUGGCUGAUGCCACUGAUGCUGCUCGGGGUGCUUCUGAUAUCGUCCUCACUGAGCCUGGGUUGAGUGUCAUCGUUAGUGCUGUUCUUACCAGCAGAGCCAUCUUCCAGAGGAUGAAGAACUAUACAAUAUACGCAGUUUCCAUCACUAUCCGUAUAGUGUUCGGGUUCAUGCUCAUUGCCCUGAUCUGGAAGUUUGACUUCUCCCCUUUCAUGGUCCUGAUCAUUGCCAUUCUUAAUGACGGGACAAUCAUGACUAUCUCAAAGGAUCGCGUGAAGCCAUCUCCGCUCCCCGACAGCUGGAAACUGAACGAGAUCUUCGCCACAGGCAUCGUGCUUGGAGGCUACUUGGCACUCAUGACUGUCAUAUUCUUCUGGGCAAUGAAGGAAACCGACUUCUUCCCUGAGAAAUUCGGUGUACGAUCAAUUAGAUACAGUCGUGAGGAAAUGAUGGCCGCACUGUACCUACAAGUGAGUAUCGUGAGUCAAGCUCUGAUUUUCGUGACCCGGUCUAGGAGCUGGUCUUAUGUGGAGCGCCCUGGAUUUCUCCUAAUGACUGCCUUCCUGCUUGCACAACUCGUUGCUACUCUCAUCGCGGUUUACGCAAACUGGGGAUUUGCCGAAAUCAAAGGAUGUGGUUGGGGAUGGGCAGGUGUUGUUUGGCUCUACAGUGUCGUGUUUUACAUUCCAUUGGACAUCCUCAAAUUCUUCAUUCGUUUUGUGCUCAGUGGGAAGGCGUGGGAUAACUUGUUGGAGAACAAGACUGCCUUCACUACCAAGAAAGAUUACGGAAAAGAGGAGAGGGAGGCUCAAUGGGCUCUUGCUCAGAGGACUCUUCAUGGGCUUCAGCCACCGGAGACUUCUUCUCUCUUCAAUGAUAAGAACAGCUACAGAGAGCUCUCUGAGAUUGCUGAGCAGGCUAAGAGAAGAGCCGAGGUUGCAAGGCUUCGUGAGCUGCAUACGCUGAAGGGUCACGUGGAGUCGGUGGUGAAGCUGAAGGGGCUGGACAUUGACACGAUCCAGCAACACUACACCGUCUGAUGUGAAUAAUUUUAUGUGAUUCUCCAACUGCGGGACAGGAAAAAACAGGCUCAAACGAGUGCUCCCCAGAACUUUUUCCCAGAGAAAAGAAAAGGAUGGCCUAACUAGUUAGGGAGGGAGGGGGUUUCUAUCAUAAUUUCUCCCUGCAGUCACCGCGUUUCCAGUUUCUCUUUUUAUUCUUAUUCCGAAGUGCCUUCGAGAAGAAAGGCUGAUGUUUGCUUAAUUUUCGUGUACUUUUGCCCUGUUUUUUGAGAGAAGUAAUGUAAUCCUUGUUUCACUCAUCUUUCCCAGCUUUUCAGUUCCCCA